GGGGCACAAGAGCAAAAAGAUGAGUGUAUACCUUUUGCAUGAAAAUGAGAAUUAUAAGUUUUUGUUUCAACUACAUCAUUCUUUCUUGGUCUUGAAAUGAAUUACAAGUCGUUAUUUAUUUGUACAUUUUUCUUGCAGCUCCUAAGUUGGAUGCAACAUAAACUCAAUGGGAGAAAUACCCCAAAGAACACCCAACUGCCCUCUCCAGGCUUUGGGACCCAUGAAGCUUCCAAAGAUACCAAAUCUAAGGAAGACAACACACAAUGGCAGCAUGGGCUACUUGCCAUUGGGACCUUAGGCAACAAUGACCUAAAAGAAGACGGGGAAAAUCAAGAACUCAAUAAAAAUGGAGCUCAAGAACUUGAAGAAAUGUCAGAAUUCACUGCAGAAGAGAUUGCUAAGCUCCAAAAGGAAUUGACCAGGCUCCUAGCCUUCAAGCCAAGCUCUGGGGAUGCAUGCUCUAACAAUGGAGGAGAAAACAGUGAUUGUCCUUUGAAGAAAUUUCUUAGCUGCCCCUCGACUCUGAAUUUGGAGAGGAGGUAUCAGUUGGACGCCACUGAGGAUCGAAUCGAGCUGAGAGAGGAUUCGAAUUGCUCCAGCACUGUUCGGAGUAAAGGCAAGGAUGUGUGUGUAGACAACAAGAGUGUAAUUUGUCAGCGAUCGAUUUCAUUCCUUCUCAAGAAGAUGUUUGUCUGUAGAAGUGGGUUUGCUCCAGUUCCAAGCCUCAGAGAUCCCCUACCUGAAUCAAGGAUGGAGAAGUUGCUACGGACCAUAUUGCAUAGGAGGAUAUAUCCCCAGAGUACUUCGACGUCUAGCCGGAAGUACUUGUCCAGCAAAUCAAUGGCAAAAUCAGAAACAACAAAUGAAGAACAAGGGCAAGGAGAUAGUUGCAGAUGGGUCAAGACCGACUCUGACUUUAUUGUUCUAGAGAUGUAAGUGGUGCUUCACCUAACACCUGCUCUUGAAUGGAUGGCUCUAAUUAAAAGAAGUUCAAGAACUUUGGCAAUAAAAUGAGCCAAAAGAUGUUGAGGAAAAAAGGAAACAAAUUCGUACCGAUUAUUCCAUGGUGGGCGCUUGAUUAGAUGCAUAAAGGUUCUGAAAUUGACUAUGUUUUUUUGAGUACCCUCCUUGAUUGAUGUGGAAAUAUCUAUAAAUCUAUUCUUAUAUCGGUCUUACUCCCGCGGUGUACGUGAAAGAUUUUUUUUCUCAUUUUUACUUGACCUUAUAUAGUUGGGAUAAUGCUUUGGAUGA